UACAUGACUUUUGUCAAAAUAGGAAAAGAUUGGUUUUUAGUGUUUUUUUUUACAGUCCCUCUUGUCGGCUCCGUGACACGAGAGAAGAAGAGAUCUCUAAUCUUCUUCCUCCUUCUUCUUCGUCUUACUCUCUUCUGUCCUUCUUCAUCGGUUGAUUCAGUAAACCUCCUCUUCUUCUUCAAGACAUCAUCACCCCACCGAUGGCGGAGAUCGCUUCCACCUCCUCCGGCAGAGGCCACCAAUCUCCUCCGGCGCCGAUAAUGAACUUAGCCGACGACCAUCUCUUCACCGUCCUCCUCCUCCUCCCCGUGGAUUCAAUCCUCUCUUUCUCAGCCACCUGCAAGAGGUUCCGCAACCUCGCCUGCUCCGACAGCCUCUGGGAGUCCUUAUGGCGGCGAGAGUGGGGCCCAUCAUCGGCCGAAUCAGUAAAGUCAUCGGGGUUGUUAUUACCGUGGAUGGUUCUGUUUAAGAGAGUCUGCAAGCUCGAUUCCGUCUCUUGCCACAGAAUCUCGGACCUAGACGAUGAUGAGGAGGAGUCUUCUUCGUUGCUACCUCUCCCGAGAGCUUCUCACUCUCUCAACUUCGUUACUGAUUAUCUCGUCCUCUUCGGUGGUGGCCGUGAAGGAGGACGUCAUCUUGAUGACACGUGGACGGCUUACGUCGGAGAGACCAAUCAGAAGACGUUGAGGUGGAAGAAAGCUGAUUCAGUAACACCCGGUGGGAGAUUCGGACACACUUGCGUCGUCAUAGGAGACUCGCUGGUCUUGUUCGGAGGGAUAAACGACCGUGGAGAGCGGCUGAACGACACGUGGAUAGGUCGAGUGGGCUGCCACGGGAAGCAACUCUUAUGGAAGCUGCUAACCGUUGUGGGAGCUCCCAAGCCGCCUCCUCGAGGCGCUCAUGCCGCUUCUUGUAUCUCAGAGAAGACGAUGGUCGUGCAAGGAGGGAUCGGUUUGAGCGGAGUGAGACUGGGGGACACGUGGAUUCUUGAACUCUCCGAGGAUCUAAACUCGGGGACGUGGCACGAGGUCGUGUCUAACGCCUUGUUACCCCCACGGUCGGGGCAUACUCUGACUUACAUAAGGGAGAACCAAGUGGUUCUCUUCGGAGGAAGAGGGUUGGGUUACGAUGUGCUUAACGAUGUUUGGCUGUUGGAUACUCAAGAGCAGUGCGAGCGAUGGAUACAGAUCUUCUACGACUUUCAAGACUUGGAGGAGAGCGCUUCGUUGCCAAGGGUUGGUCACUCGGCCACACUCAUAUUGGGCGGUCGGAUUCUUAUUUACGGAGGUGAAGAUACGUUUAGGCACAAGAAGGAUGAUUUUUGGGCGUUGGAUGUCAAGACCAUUCCUUCUAAGGGUCUGCAGGUGGAUGGAGGAGCGGUUUGUUUAAACGGUUCGAAGGCGUGGAAGAGGCUUGAUGGGGUGUCUUACAGACCCAAAGGGCGGUCGUUUCAUCGCGCAUGCGCUGAUGGUUCGGGACGGUAUGUGUAUGUGUUUGGUGGAAUGGUUGAUGGUCUGAAUCUUGCUGUAACAUCAAGUCUUAGAUUUGAGAAUGAGCUCUUUAUGGUGGAGCUUCUUCUUGGCUUGUAGGGACAUGGAAGGACUAUUUUUGUUUCUUUGAAUUAAAGGGUUUUGAGUUAAGAAACCUACAAUAACAUUAGUAUUGGGUAUUGACGCAUUGUUGAUUUGUUGUGCUGAAAUGUCUGAUCUCUAUGGUUUUUAGCAAUGCAGACAUUGUUACCA